AUACGCUAUACAGUGAUGCAGGUGCAGCAGAGUGAGAAGGGAAGAGAGAAAAUGACGAUGGUAUUUUUGCUUCGUUUAUUGUGAGAAGGUGUGUGUCCUCGUGAUCCGCGCACAGCCUACUACGUGAUAUCCAAAGCAAACUCUGUACAGAAACAUCAUCAGCAGCAGCAGCAGCUGCAUGUACCCACUUCCCAUCUCUCUAUCUCUCUGUCUCUCUGUCUCUCUCUCUCUGUUUACUACUGAGUCUGAGCCAAUCCCUCUCUCUCUCUCUCUCUCUCUAGGAGGAGUUGUUGCUGAAGUUCACAUCAAUCAUUUACUCACACUAUUUAUUGCACCCACAUUCAAGAGAAAGAGAUUUCUCUUAUUGGGUAAUCCAGUUUGUGGCGUCUCUCUCUCUUUCUCUCUCGUCCUUGUUCUUGUUUUGUUGGACUUCUGGUUCUCUUGCUGCUCAAUUUCAGGUUUUGUUUCAGCUCCGCAACUUUUAGGCCGUCCAAGAAUAUGGCUUUCGGUAUGAUGGGGAAGUUUUUGUGACGAGAAUGGAUCCUCAGGCUUUUAUUAGGUUGUCAAUAGGCUCACUUGGACUAAGGAUUCCGGGAACACCUUUCAAAUCUGAAAAAUCUUGUAUUCAUGCAUUCUCUUCCCAGUAUUCGUGUGAAAUUCGCCUUCGAGGAUUCCCUAUGCAGACAGCAUCAAUUCCCUUAGUUUCUUCCCCUGAAGCUACUACUACACCUGAUUCUCUCAGCAUGGCCUCGAGUUUUUAUCUUGAAGAAUCGGAUAUUAAAGCGCUGCUGGAACCUGGCUGUUUCUACAAUCCUCAUUCCUGUCUGGAGAUUGCUAUUUUCACAGGGAAGAAGGGAUCCCACUGUGGUGUAGGGAACAAAAGGCAGCAAAUUGGGACAUAUAAGCUGGAGGUUGGUCCCGAAUGGGGCCAAGGAAAGCCAGUGGUUCUUUUCUGUGGAUGGAUAGCUAUCGGCAAAAACAAGCACGAAAGUGGAAAAUUGAGUGCAGAGCUUCAUUUGAGAAUUAGACUAGAUCCUGAUCCAAGAUAUGUUUUCCAGUUUGACGAUGUGACGAAAGUUAGUCCUCAGGUUGUUCAGCUUCAAGGCUCCUUUAAACAGCCUAUUUUCAGCUGCAAGUUCAUCCGAGACAGGGUUCCCCAGGUGGAUCCAUUGAACACAUACUGGUCAGGUGCUGCUAACAAUCCUGAUCUGGAAACAGAGAGAAGGGAGAGAAAGGGAUGGAAGGUGACAAUACAUGAUCUCUCUGGCUCGGCUGUUGCAGCAGCCUUUAUAACAACUCCAUUUGUUCCGGCAACAGGUUGUGAUUGGGUUGCAAGGUCCAACCCCGGAGCUUGGUUGAUUGUUAGUCCUGAUCCUUGCAGGCCCAAUAGCUGGCAGCCAUGGGGAAAACUUGAAGCAUGGCGUGAGCGUGGCAUCAGAGACACUGUUUGCUGCCGAUUUCGCCUUCUGUCAGAAUGCCAGGAGGCCGUGGAGCUCUUUAUGUCUGAAAUCCGCAUCAAUGCUGAAAAGGGUGGGGAGUUUUUCAUAGACACGGACAGACAGAUGCGGGCAGUAGCAGCGGCAGCAGCAUCCGCCAGUCCGAUACCAAGCCCACAAAGCAGUGGAGACUUCGCAGGUUUAUAUCCAUUUGUAGGUGGUUUCGUCAUGAGCUGUAGAGUGCAAGGGGAAGGAAAAGCCAGCAAGCCAUCGGUACAACUAGCCAUGAGGCAUGUGACGUGUGUGGAGGAUGCCGCCAUCUUCAUGGCUCUUGCAGCUGCUGUCGAUCUUAGCAUUGAGGCAUGUAGGCCUUUCCGUCGGAAGUUCAGGAAACCCUCCUGCCCUUCUAUAUGAAAAUGUAAGAAAAUUUGAGGAAGAAAAGAGCGGAAGGGAAACCGUGCACUGAAGAACCGUAGUUUCUCUUGAUUGAUGUACCAUCUUGCAUUGUGUACAGGAAACUCUUAUUUAGAACUCUCAAAGAUUGUUUAACUACUCA